AACAAAUUCGUCUCGAAUAACUAAUACCGUGGACAGGCGCAUAUUUUACGUGUAUAUAGAUGACAUUCUUAUUUAGUUUUUACAUAUAGAUUUUUUUUCGCAUUCAGCGAAUAUACGACAAAUAUACGUAAAUGUUAAAGCGAGAGAAAGAGAAAAGACAAAGUAUAGAAACGAAGUGUAGCUACAACGCGAUCAGAUCUAAUCAAGUUAAAUUCAUGAUGUUUACAUUCUAUGGUUAAAUCUAGCUUGCACUUUGCCCCUUUUCUCCUACUUCUCUCUUAUUAUCGCUUGUAAAUUAUGACUCUGUUAAACUUCAGUUUUGUGAGUUCAGCAGUUUAGUUUUUUUUUUUUUUUUUUAAUCGCGUUUGCCUUAAACUGCAAUUUGUUGACGCGUAUUGAUGUCUAUAAAGUAGUGUAAAAUAGUAGUGUAAGAUAGUUUUAAUAUAUUUUGAUUGGCAAAAUGGCAUCGAGCUCUUACGAAGAGGUCGGGAGCGCUUUUCCAAUAAAGAAUGAUACGCUUAAAAUCUUGUGUGUCGGACGCGUUUGUCUCGACAUCGUUUACACAUGUCAGCAAUUUCCUUCGGAGGACUCGACUGUAAGAGCUGUUGACUACAGAUGGCAGAGAGGAGGCAAUGCAUCUAACACCUGUACAGUGUUGUCGUUACUAGGACAGCCGUGUGAACUACUGGCUUGUUUGAGUUUAGACGAACAUAUUAAUUUUAUGCAAAAUGACAUGCGCAAAUAUAAAAUCGGUUAUUCCCAUUGUCCCUUGUUAGAAGGCAUUGCUUGUCCUACUGCAACUAUUAUAUUGAGUUUAAGCACUGGAACUCGCACGAUUGUAUAUCACAAUCAAAAUUUACCAGAAUUAACGUUUGAUAAUUUUCAACAAUUUAAUUUAAAAGAAUACAGCUGGAUUCACUUCGAAGGAAGGAAUGUGAAUCAAAUAUUGCUUAUGAUGCAGCAUAUAGAAAAUUAUAAUAAAUCAUUACGUGAUCAUCGCGAAAAAAAUAGUUGUCCAAUUACAGUUAGCAUUGAAUUAGAAAGUCCGAGAUCGGGUGCCAAGUUAUUAGACUUUUUGCCAUAUGCUGAUAUACUAUUUAUAUCUAAGGAUUUUGCUAAGACCCAAGGAUUCUGCAAUAUGAACGAUGUAAUUGAAACUAUCGGCCAAAAUACUGAACUCAGAGGAAUCAUUAUCUGCGCGUGGGGAGAAGAAGGUGCGAUGGCACGCACUACAAGUGGUGCGAUAGUGAAAUCUGCGGCUUUUCCACCACAGAAAGUGAUCGAUACUUUGGGAGCAGGUGACACGUUUAAUGCAGCUGUUUUGUUUUUUUUAAAUAAAAAAAAAUUACAAUUUAUGCAGAAAUGUAAGCAAGAAACAACUUGCUCGAAUAAUGCUAACCGAACGAAGAAUGAUAUUUUCGAUGGUAAUGCUAAACGAAACGUUAAACACAAUUUUAACAUAGAAAGUUUGGAAUAUAUUCAAACGAAAUUCAUCGAUAAGACAAUCUUACAAAAUGCCAUUGAAUAUGCUUGUUAUGUUGCGGGUACAAAAGUUGGAUUGAGAGGAUACGAUGAUCUUGAUAAAUGUUCUGGUGAUAUAUAAUACAAACAAUUGAUAACCAGUAGAAAGGUAUGGAUUUUUCGAACACAUCUUGUCGUUGUGCAGCAAUUAUUUCCGCAGCUAUGUCUGCU